ACGCCGAUAGCAACCUCCUAUUUUCAAAACUCAAUUCAAAUCAUCAGUUCAUCAUGAGGCAGUGGUUACAAGGAAGCGUUGCGUACGUCACUGGAACGGCAGAGCCUGAGUACGGCGCCGAGGCAUUGCACUCGGUCGCUGACCAGGUUACUGAGGGUCCUCAGUUCUCAGAAUUGACUCUUGAGGAUCUCACGUGGCAGUUGCCCGGUGGCAGCAAUGUCGAGACGCAGACCUUCUACAUCAUGGCUGACUCUGGCCACCUCUGCUUCGCGCAGAUCAUUCACUCAAAUAUUGGUUUCGGACAGGAGCAGACUCAAUUCACAUGCCGUGUCUACCACAAGGAGGAGAACAUGAACGUCUGGUCCUCAACGAACCUCCAGAACUUCGCCGUGAGCGAGGAUGGCCACUCCAUGUCCGCAAACCAGGCGAGCGUUGUCUUGUCCGAGGACGGUAACAAGUACACUCUGCGGAUAUCCGUUAGCCCCACUACGAUUGUCGACGUCGAGUUCACCCGCACAGCACCCGGACUGAAGGCCGGUAAGAACGGUACCACCACUUACGGUACUGACGCCAACAAGCCCUGGGGAUCUAUGCGUCACAUCUUCUGGCCCCGUGCAACAGUCACCGGUACCAUCAUCGCCGACGGCAAAGCCCUCGACAUCAAGGGCCGUGGUCUCUUCGUCCAUGCCCUCCAGGGCAUGAAGCCCCACCACGCCGCAGCACGAUGGAACUUUGCCAACUUCCAGGGUGAGAACUACUCUGCUGUCAUGAUGGAGUUCACCACGCCCCCUAGUUACGGUUCGGUUACGGUUAAUGUUGGUGGUGUUGCGAAGGAUGGGGAGUUGGUGUUGGGUACGGUGAAGAACACUGCUACGCACGUGGAGAAGAAGCUUGAUGAGGAGACCGGAUGGGAAGAGCCUACGAGGAUUGAGUUUAACUGGUUGGAGGACGGUAAGAGCAAGGCUUCUAUUGAUGCUAAGCUCGAGACCCGUAUUGAGCGUGUCGAUGUCUUGGCUGAGAUCCCUGCGCUUCUCAAGAAGCUCGUCCAGGGUGUCGCCGGUACCAAGCCCUUCAUCUACCAGUGCGUCAACCCUGUCACCCUCAAGCUGACCGACGGCGACAAGGAGAUCGAGGACAACGGUAUCCUCUUCACCGAGGCCACCUUCAUCUCCUCCUAAGCUG